ACUUCCACUUCCGGCCGUUGCUCAGGCUCUGCACCUGGACAGGGCAGCGGUAGGGCAGCGGUGGGCCGGCGGUUGCGCUCCUCAGAUCGGCGGCCUUCCGGGCGGUGGCUUGCAUUUGAGCCUCAGAAAGCGAGGAGCGGCCUCCACGGAAGCCAAGCUGGCCGAGUGCUUUUAGGAAGAAGAUCCUUUUAUUGCUUUUGUACAAGACCAGACAGGAUCUCAUUUGUCAAACGUGGUACCAGUUGGGUGUCUUAACACAGGAGCAGAACUUCCUAGAGCAGAAUGAUGAUGGUAGAUCUGAAAGUGGCUGCGUACUUGGACCCUCAGAUCAGGGCUUUGUGGGAGACCAAGGGGCCUGCAAGAGAGAGCUCCGGUCAGAGUAAAAAAUCUCCUCGAAUGGACAGUCUCGAUCCUAAGAGCUCUUGCUGGCACUUCCGGAACUUCACCUAUGAUGAAGCAGCUGGACCCCGUGAGGCUGUCAGCAAACUUCAAGAAUUAUGUCAUCUAUGGCUGAGGCCAGCGAUCCACUCAAAAGAGCAGAUACUGGAACUGCUGGUGCUGGAGCAGUUCCUGACUAUUCUGCCCAGGGAGACACAGACCCAGAUGAAGAAGCACCAUCCACAGAGCAUUGAGGAGGCUGUGGCUCUGGUAGAACACUUGCAGAGGGAAUCUGGUCAAACAUGGAAUGGGGUGAGAAGAAAGAUUCCUGGCGUGUACAGUGAAAUAGGAUGCAGGUGGAUAUAGCAGAGAUGGUGGCAGUUAGUUGAGAAAUUCGAUGGAUUAGGUCACUGUGUUUUUUUUUUUUAGGACAGUUAAGGUGGGACUUGAAACUACAGGCCCACAGAAAAGUUUACAGGUUUCAGAGAUUGUGGCAGAUACUUCCCUGGCCUUAGAGAAAGAGAGUUGCUUUUGCCCUCUUUGGAGCCAGGGUGAAUUGAGGGUGAUGGGCCUAGUCUGGCUUGGCCAAGGAGACAGGACUUAAGUACUUAGAAACAGAAUAAAAGGUAAUAAAGAGUCAGGGAGGCUGGAUGCAGUGGCUCACACCUGUGUUCCCAGCACUUUGGGAGGCUGAGGCGGGUGGCUCACCUGAGGUCAGGAGUUCAAGACCAGCCUGGACAGCAUGGUGGAACCCUCUCUCUACAAAAAUAAACAAAUUAGCUGGGCGUGAUGAUGGGUGCCUGUAAUCCCAGCUAUCCUGGAGGCUGAGGAGGGAGAAUCAUUUGAACCUGGGGGGUUGCAGUGAGCCGAGAUUGCGCCAUUGCACUCCAUCCUGGGCAACACAGCAAGACUCCAUCUCACACACACACAAAAAAAGAGGGGCCAGGUGCAGUGGCUCACACCUGUAAUCCCAGCACUUUGAGAGGCCAAGGCAGACGGAUCUCCUGAGUCCAGCCUGGGCCACAUGGUGAAACCCUGUCUCUACAAAAAACAUGAAAAUUAGCCAGGCAUGGUGGCGCACACCUGUGGUCCCAGUUACUUGGGAGGCUGAGUCAGGAGAAUCACCUGAGCCCAGGAGGUGGAGGUUGCAGUGAGCUGAGAUCGCACCAUUGCACUCCCUUGGGUGACAGAGUGAGACCCUGUCUUAAAAAAAAAAAAAAAGGGCAGAUCCACAAGGAGAACACAGGAAAACAAGGACAUUUAAAGAAAAGGAGAAAUUGGCCAGGUUCGGUGGCUCAUGCCUAUAUUUCGAACACUUUAGGGGGUCGCGGUGGGAGGACUGCUUGAGACCAGCCUGGGGAACAUAGUGUGACCUUGUUGCUAUGAAAAAAAAAAAAGAAAAUAAGCCAGGCUGAUGGCACAUGCCUGUAGUCCCAGUUUCACAAGAGGUUGAGGUGAGAGGAUUGCUUGACCCAGAAGUUUGAGGCUGCAGUGAGUUACUAUUGCAGCAUUGUGCUCUGGCCUGGGCAACAGAGUGAGACCUUGUCUCUUAAAAAUAAAAAAAUGUUUUAGGCCAGGCAUGGUGGCUCACAUCUGUAAUCUCAGCACUUUGGGAGGCUGAGGUGGGCGGAUCACAAGGUCAGGAGUUUGAAACCAGCCUGACCAACAUGCUGAAGCCGUCUCUACUAAAAAUACAUAAACUAGCUGGGCGUGGUGGCGUGUGCCCGUAAUCCUAGCUACUCAGAAGGCUGAGGCAGGAGAAUGGCUUGAACUCAGGAGGCAGAGGUUGCAGUGAGCUGAGAUUGUACCACUGCACUCCAGCCAGGGCAACUGAGCGAGACUCCAUGUCAAAAAAUAUAUAUUUUUAAAAAUUAGGAAAAAUCCAGCCUGGGCAACAUGGUGAACCUCCGUCUUUACAAAAAAUACAAAAAUCAGCUGGGCAUGGUGGCAUGUGCCUGUAGUCCCAGCUACUCGGGAGGCUGAGGUGGGAGGAUCACCUGAGCCUGGCAAGGAUGAGACUGCAGUGAGCCAUGAUUGCACUAUUGUACCCCAGCCUGGGUGACAGAGUGAGACUCCCAUCUCAAAAAACAAACAAACAAAAAACUAGGGGAAGACUGCAAAAGAAAAGAAAACAGAAAAAAGGGAAACAAAGAUUUGGAAAAAUGAAAACUCCCAACAGAAUAGCCCAGGACAAGAAAUGCACUGAUGGGUAAUGUCCUCCCUAUAGUAGAUGAAAGUCUCUACUGCCUUCCCUUAAUGGUUGUUCCUUGGCUCUGCUGACAAGUCGGGAGCCAGGGUAUGAACUUGGUGGGUGGCAACACAUCUGCUGACCUCGGGUCUGCUGGGAAGAAUACAGGGCAGGACCUAUGUUUGGUGUCAGAAUCAUCUGGAGGUUGCAGUCCAUGAGCUGAGAAAGGAGGCAGUGCUCUUGGGAGAAACAACAGAGGCCUCAAGUUUCAGGCUGAAGCCAACAGAGUCCCAACCAGUGGGCAUAUCCCAAGAUGAAGAAUUUUGGAAUACAUACCAGGGUCUGCAAGAACAGCUCAGCAGGAAUACUCAUAAAGAGACUGAGCCUGUGUAUGAGAGGGCUGUGCCUACUCAACAGAUUCUAGCCUUUCCUGGGCAAACAAACACCAAAGACUGGACAGUGACACCUGAGCGCGUCUUACCUGAGUCUCAGAGCUUGUUGACAUUUGAAGAAGUGGCCAUGUAUUUUUCCCAGGAAGAAUGGGAGUUAUUGGAUCCCACUCAGAAGGCCCUCUACAAUGAUGUAAUGCAGGAAAACUAUGAGACUGUCAUCUCUCUAGCAUUGUUUGUGCUCCCCAAACCUAAAGUGAUCUCCUGUCUAGAGCAAGGGGAAGAGCCAUGGGUUCAAGUAUCCCCGGAGUUUAAGGAUAGUGCUGGAAAAUCUCCUACAGGGUUAAAGCUCAAAAACGACACUGAAAAUCAUCAGCCUGUAUCCCUUUCUGACUUAGAAAUACAAGCAUCAGCAGGCAUCAUAUCAAAAAAGGCCAAAGUAAAAGUUCCCCAGAAAACAGCAGGCAAAGAAAAUCAUUUUGAUAUGCACAGAGUGGGAAAAUGGCACCAAGAUUUUCCAGUGAAGAAAAGAAAGAAACUUUCAACCUGGAAACAAGAGCUGCUUAAACUUAUGGAUCGUCACAAGAAAGAUUGUGCAAGAGAGAAGCCUUUUAAAUGUCAGGAAUGUGGGAAAACCUUCAGAGUUAGCUCUGACCUUAUUAAGCACCAAAGAAUUCACACUGAAGAGAAACCCUAUAAAUGUCAACAGUGUGAUAAGAGGUUUAGAUGGAGUUCAGAUCUUAAUAAGCACUUAACAACACACCAAGGAAUAAAACCAUAUAAAUGUUCAUGGUGUGGGAAAAGCUUCAGUCAAAAUACAAAUCUACAUACACACCAAAGAACUCAUACAGGAGAAAAGCCCUUCACAUGUCAUGAAUGUGGAAAAAAAUUCAGUCAGAACUCCCACCUUAUUAAACACCGGAGAACCCACACAGGUGAGCAGCCAUAUACUUGUAGCAUAUGCAGGAGAAACUUCAGCAGGCGGUCAAGCCUUCUUAGACACCAGAAACUCCACCUGUGAAGAGAAGCUUGUCCAGUGUCCUCAUUCUGAAGACAUUCACCAAAUGGAGCUUGACACUAAAAUUUAUGUAAAACAAAAAUCACAAACCUUGAAAAAUUUUACAUCAGAAAAUGGAGGGAUAAACAUAUGUUUCACAGAAAAUAAUCAAGACUUGCUCUGCAGCCACUCAGUAGUCUUCUGUGGUCACAGAAGUAAACAUUGUUGGUUUUGUAUUGAUCUCUCCAGUCAUGUUUGAACACAUCCAAUAGAAACAUUGGCAGCAUGGUCUUCCAAAACAGAAAGCAGUAACAUGCAUGUUUAAUUGCAUACCAUUCUCUUCGCAGUAGCAGGCUUACCAAUUUCAAUAGUCUCAUGAGGCAGAAAUGAAUUACAAUGUAAAGUGUUCCAAGAACCAAAUUGGAUUUUCUUUCUUUUGUCAUUGGACAUGGUUUGCAAAGUUGAACAUUAUUUGAGUUCCUUCUUGAACUUUUUGGCAACUUCUCUUGGAUCCUGUUAUCACAGUUUUUUACUGUGAUGAAAUCAUGUUAACUUCACCACUAGGGAAUCUCCGGAUGAACUAUUAAUGCACUAUCUUAUGCCUCUCAUUGGUGAUGUUUGGAAAAUAGAAAACAUCUCUAAUGGAAUCAUGGGGAAACGGGUUGGAAUUUGUAGCCAUGGAAUAUAUAUUAGAUGUAAAGAAUUUUCUGCAAUAAAAGAAACUAUACUUGUUAAUCCGUGCCUUGCAAUGUCAGUAGGAUAAAGCAGCUAUAAAAAUUAGUACUUGCCCAAGGCCUGAAAGAAAAUUAGUGGGAAUAAAAUCAACUUCUCAGA